AUGACGGAAAACGAGGCCUCGGCCACCGCUGUUCAAGAUGAUGCCCGCUCAUCUCGGAGGGGCCGCAUUAUGGGGAAACUGUUUGGCCGCGAUCGUGACCGCAAGACGGCGCAGGACGACUCUAGCGACCUGAACGACUUCCUCCACGGUGCGCCCGAUAAGCUUCAGGUCGCCCAUGCCGGCCCUCCUGUGCUUGCUAAACUCGACACCAGGAACGCCACGCGAUACCCCAAUGCCCUCAAUGUCACCGGUUCUACAGAUCCCCCGCAACAGCAGCAGGAUCUCGUCGUGCGAACCCGCUCGUUCGGUCCUGGGAGCAAGCCCAAGAAAAGCCUGAUUGUGCGAUUUGUGGAUGCAUACCCAGAGAUCAUUGGAAUUGGUGGUGACGAGUGCGACGUCCCUACGCUCGAAAUAUCAAAGCGAAAAAGACCGAAGCCCUAUACUGCAGCUACCGCUCCCGCUCGACCAGGCGACGUCGGAGACGGCACUCAAUUGAGGGGUGGCGCACCGUUCGAGCCAGCGCCGCUGCGGCGUACCCAGACAGGUUACUCGCCCGGCCCGGAUGCCUCCGGACCAGGCAUGCUGGCCCCGGGCAGGCAGACGACUGGCAAGUAUUUGGACAGUCAGGCCGCUGCCCAAGAUGAAAGGCGACGAUCCUUUAUCGAGAUUCAGCAGGCCGCAAUGCGGGAGGCCGAAGGUCGAGCUUUUGCAAAUGCUGUGAGGGCAGCCUCAGGAGACCAGUCAAAGCACGAGAGGACGAACUCGGCUUCUUUCACAUCCGAGCCAGAGCCCGAGACGCCCAUCACCACCUCUCCAGAUUCGAUCCAACUUCAACUUCAGCCUUCAUCCUCGCCCUCGAAAGCGCCGCCGAUCCCCGCAAAAGGAUCCAUCUCGAAAUCGCCGCUGCCUCCAAUCCCUCAGCCUCCGUUAGAUACACAACCCGCCCCCCCUACACAGACACAUUACACCCCACCAGGCCAGCUCUCGAACUCCCCCGAUAGAUUGAAAAGGACCCAGAAGAUUGAGAAUAGCCCCACAUCUCUGUACUCGGUAGCCUCAAGUUUCCAGCAUCCAUUCGCAGCAUCAAGGCAGGGAAGCAAGAUCUCCGAAUAUGGGGUGCCUGUUCAAUCCCAGCAGGGAGUCUCGACUUUCCAAGAUGUCGUGAUGGCUGCUUCUGAUGAUGCGAUGCACGCGUUUGUCACACGUACACGCCACUUAUUUGAGCUAUUCCGUCUGCACGCCGAAAGCGUGCGCCCGUUGAUCUCUUCCACGCCUCAUGAGCUUGCCAGGGCCGCAUUAUGGUGGUUCCUCACGGGCCGGUCAGCGCUGGAGGUUGCCAUCAGGGACCGUCCGAAUACGCCUGAUUUGGAGAGGAGAAAUGAGAUGGCAAAGCAACAAGCGUACGCCGACCUGGCCAAGGGCUAUUGGCUCCUGGAGGAGGUGAUGCCUGACAUCACCACCAGCGGGCGCAUCCAGAUUGACAACGAAACCGAGAACGUCCGGGCGACGCUCAUUUCGAGCCUUCGGAAAUUGGCCGUGUCAAUGAAGCGGAAUGGCUUCCUGCCGCCUGAGGAGGCCUUUCUGCCUCAGACCAUCGACAGAUCCAUAUGGGUGGAAUAUCCGCCCCUCACCCAAGAUAUAAAGGCACUUUUAUGCGGCUCGUCGAGCUCGGCGCUGUCUAGCCCACAGACCAUCUCGGGAAUGACCAUUCUGGAAUGCUUCCCAGUGGGCGACUCGGCGACCGUGUUCUGCUUCGGCCGUUUCCUGGUUGAUGUAUUCUUGAUGGAGCAAGGGAGAGAGUCACAGCGUCUCCAUCUGCCGUGCUUUCUUUCAAUAGUAAGGCCCCAAACGCAGCCGGACAUCUUGUUUGUUGUCGCAAGCCAAAAUGGGGCCGUACAGCUCCGCAUCUCCGGAAACAAGAAUGUCGGGCCUCUCUGGGAAGAUGUCCGCUGGCAUCCGGAGACGUAUAAUUUUGAUGUGAGGUUGCCUCGGGGCUUCAUGCUUGGCGUGCAGUGCACACAGCAAUCUUACACAACGCUGCGCAGCAUGUACGAGUUCAGCGCAAAGGUACACUCCAGUCUUUACCCGAGGCAAGACGAGACCUGUACCUUUAGAUCUACGCUCCGGUCGUUUCAAUACUUCGACAAUGAUCCACAGGCAAGACAAUUUCCCAAAGAACCAACGCCAAACUGUGAGGUCGCUCUGUUUGAGCGUGUCCUGAGGGAAGGAGCGGCGACUGGGCCUCGUACCUAUCAUAGGGGAUUCCGAAUUGCAGUGGUCACGGGCCCCAGGACCAAGACGCUGAGCGGCGUCAACCAGACAUACUCUCCCCAAGCACCCAUUCAUUUUGGCUUCCUGCGCAGUGAAGCAAACGACCCUGCGCUGUCACUGAAAUUCGACAACGGACGGCUCAAGGGGAACAUGGUAUUGUCUUUUUCCGAUGAGAAGGAAAGGCUACGGAUGCAUAGUCUGCUUAUCGGGACGGCUCUGGAUCGUAGCGAGCAGGUCUUUGGCGAGUCCCCGGUACAAGGGGUCUGGUUCUCGGAGAGGUUUGGUGACACUCUUGACAAAGGCCUUCAGGUGCUCUCCAGCCUCGCCUGGAACAAAGUCAGGGUUAUCAACCACGACAAUGAUGGGGACCGGCCUGCGUGUGUCUUGGCCGAUAAGCUGCGGGUGGUCUAUGAGUUUCAGGACGGCACCUUUACUGACAGGAUUAACGUUGCUCCAGGAGAGCUCAAACUCCGACUAGACGUACAAAAUCCCAGCUGCCUGAUGAUAUUCCGCCAGCCCCAGGCCGAUGUCACGCUUGCCGUCACCGAGACCAAAGUCUCGCGCGACCUGUCAAGCGGUCUUGCGCAGGCAUUGGAAAGCUUGAAGAACUCAGCAACCAUCCGCACGUUCAUGUUCCCAACGAAGGAGGAGCUGCAUGCCUUCGAGGCGGCCAUUACCGGGUUCAAGGUUCUCUUUGACGGAAUUGCCUCGGCGUUUGCUAUCUCGCGUCGACGCAUGGUGGUGCCUAUCCACAAGAAAUGGGAAGCCGGGGCCACACGGAUCCAGGUCGUUUCGCAGGAUGGCGUUGCCCAGCUGCUGGCCUUCUUCGAGGACUUUUCGCACGGGCAGUGCAUGGGAUUCCACCUCAAGGGGACUGACGUGUUUGAGGUUUUCGGCAGGGGCAGUAAGGCAGGGCUGAAAAUCGUCGAUGCCAAGUUUCCGCUACCUAAGGUCCUUCCGGCUGAUGCCGGCGGGGCUCAGGAGGCAGCUGAUGCUGCCUUUGUGUGUCUAGACUUGCCCGAGCUACCUGGAGAGCAUGACGAUAUCUCGAUUAUGUUUGACAAUGAGGCGGAACGUGACAAACUUGUAGCUUGCCUCCCUGCACCUGUCAAGGGCUCUCGACUACCCAAGAUCAAGGGGAUUACAUGA